UAACACUCUGGCAUACCUUUCAUACAGCUUGUCACUAAGAUCUCUUCUAACACCAACAAAUUUUAUAUGGUUGAUAAAAAGUUGAUUUAUAUACCUCGUAAGAGAGUGAGUUCAACUUUCACCGCUGACAUGAAGACUUUGUUGGUGUAAUCUACAAGUAUUUUUGUCAACACGUUUUUUUGAGCUUUGAGACAUGUCCGGACUCUAAUGAGCCCAACUCACCUAAAUUUAUUUAUCUAUUAAAUAAAUAAAAUUUCUUCUCUCAUCUCCUACUCCUUAAAUUCAUGUUAAAUUCCCUCUCACUCCAAUCUGUUCAUAUCCUUUUCAUCUUCUCACUUUUUUUUCUCUCCAAUAAACUCAUCAUCAACAACAAUGCAAGACUCAAUUGGAAUUCCUGCAUGUUUCUCUUCUGCAAGUGAUGAUCAUCAUCAUCAUGGAGCUGUGAUACGUUCAGGUAAAACCGUUUACAUGUCAGUAUACAGAACAAAGUUAGCUGGUCACUGCCGUUUGAUCACAAUCACAUGGUGCAAAAACUUGAUGCUUCAUGGCUUAUCAGUAACAGUGGAAAACCCUGAAAAGGAAACUCAAUAUAGCUGCAAGGUUGAGCUAAAGCCAUGGUACUUUUGGAGGAAACAAGGUUCAAAACGGUUCACGGUAGAUGGAAAAGCAGUUGAUGUCUUUUGGGACCUUAAAUCUGCAAAAUUCAAUGGUGAAACAGAACCAACUUCAGAGUACUAUGUAGCAGUGGUUUGUGAUCAAGAGGUUGUGUUACUUCUUGGUGAUCUAAAGAAAGAAGCUUACAGAAGAACUGGAUGUAGACCAUCACUCAUUGAUCCAAUUCUUGUUUCCAAAAAGGAACACAUAUUUGGUAAGAGGAAGUUUUCAACUAAAGCUAAGUUUCAUGAGAAAGGUAGGUGUCAUGAGAUUUCUAUAAAGUGUAAGAACAAAGGAAGUAAUAGUGGUAAUAAUGUUGUUGGAGAUGGAGAUUCUGUGAUGAUUGGUGGUGGUGUUCAAGUUCAACCAGAAAUGGAGAUAAGAUUUGAUGGGCAUUUGGUGGUUCAUGUGAAGCACUUGCAAUGGAAAUUUAGAGGGAAUGAAUUGAUUCAUCUCAACAAAAUGAGAGUUGAGGUAUAUUGGGAUGUUCAUGAUUGGUUAUUUAGUCCUGGUUUAAAACAUGCUUUGUUCAUUUUUAAGCCUGUUUUUACAUGUCAUUCUAUGUCACCAUUUUCUUUAUUUUCACCAUCUUUGUCAUGUUCAUCUUCUUCCACUACUCCAUUAUCAAAUGAGACAAGGAGUAGUACUUGUGAUUCAGUGGAGGGCCGUAGUGUCAGUGAUUCAUUAUCAUCCUCAUCAGAGUAUUGCUUGUUUCUAUAUGCUUGGAAGGUUGAAUGAAAAGUAUGUAUCAUAUCAUAUAUCUCAUCCGAAUGGUGAAUUUGACAAAAUCACGAUAACAUUAUAAUUUUGUUUUAUAGUUUUUGAUAAAAUUAUGAUGACACCGUGAUUCUGUUAAACAAUUAAGUGGGGUGUGGGGCCAAAAAGGUAUAUAGGAGUUAGCAACAGCUGGGAUUGGAGAAACAAAUGUACAUGAUGGACGGAAGUAAUUGAGUUACAAACCACGUGGCCAACAAUAAUUCUUUGUCCAGAGGCAUCUCUGUCUACAUCUGUUAUCUACUCCUUUGAAAAAUAAUACUACUCUUUACUAUUUUGAUCUAAUGUUGAAAACUGAGCUAUAUUUGUAUCAACCAGAGGUGUAUGUUGUCUAAUUAUAUUAUAAUAGUAUAUAGUAGAUAUAAUUAUGUAACAGAAAUUAUAUAGACAAGAGAUUACUGAACUGAA